AUGGCUAAGGACAAGAAGGGAAGCAAGGCUGCUGCUGCGCCUGUCAAGGCCAGCAAGUCCGCUCAAGUGGCAGAUGUUAAGGUCAAGGCUGGUCGCGUGACCAAGCCGGCCGAGAAGGCCUCCAAAAAGGUCGACAAGAAGACCAAGAAGGUCAAGAAGGAGCCUACUCCAGAGCCUUCCAGCAGUGAGGAGGACAGCGACGACGACGCUUCCAGCGACAGCUCGGACAGCUCCGAGGAGGUCGUGUCCAAGGUUGCUGAUGCCGCCGCUGCCGUUGGCAAGGCUGUCAAGUCAAAGGUCAACGGUGCCGCAGCUGCGGUCUCUGGCGCGARGAAGGAUGAUAGCGACAGCGAUUCGUCCGACUCCGACUCUGACAGCGAGGCUGCCCCCGCACCCAAGAAGGCUGCCACCAACGGCAAGGUUGUCAAGAAGGAGGCGGAGUCUGACUCCGACUCUUCCGAAGACGAUUCCGAGGAUGAGAAGAAGCCUGUUGUCGCCGCCAAGAAGGAGGCCACUUCCGAUUCUUCUGAUGAGGACUCCGACGAUGAUGACGAGCCCAAGGCCAACGGUGGCGCAGCUACCUCUGACUCGGACGAUUCCGACGAUUCCAGCGACUCUGACGAGGAAGAGAAGCCAAAGACCGACAGCAAGAAGCGCAAGGCCGAGAGCGAGGCAAGCCAGACACCAAAGAAGGUCAAGACGGAGGCUGCUGCCGUUGACGAGAGCGCGCCUACUGGCAACCUUUUCGUCGGCAACAUCAGCUGGAACGUUGAUGAGGAGUGGCUCACACGCGAGUUCGAGGAGUUCGGUGAGCUGACCGGCGUGCGAAUCAUCACCGACCGCGAGUCUGGCCGCAGCAAGGGUUUCGGAUACGUCGAGUUCAAGGAUCCACAGCACGCAAAGGCCGCUCUUGAGGCCAAGACUGGCGCUGAGCUUGACGGACGUGAGCUCCGCCUCGACUUCAGCACCCCCCGUACCAAUGACGGCGGCGACCGUCAGCAGCGCACCAACGACCGCGCGAAGGCCUUCGGCGACUCCACCAACGCUCCGGCUGCGACGCUGUUCGUCGGCAACAUUAGCUUCGACGCCGAUGAGAACACCAUCACCGAGUACUUCCAGGAGCAUGGUACUAUCAAGGCCGUUCGCCUGCCAACUGACCGCGAGACUGGCGCACCCAAGGGCUUCGGCUACGUCGAGAUGGGCUCCAUUGAGGAGGCUCAGGCUGCCUUUGCCGCCCUUCAGGGUGCCGAUGUUGCUGGCCGUGCUAUCCGUCUCGACUACGCCGCCGAGCGUUCCAACGACGGUGGUGACCGCGGCGGCCGUGGUGGCCGUGGUGGUGGACGUGGCGGCUUUGGCGACCGUGGCGGUCGUGGUGGUGGUGGCUUUGGAGGCCGUGGCGGCGGUCGUGGUGGCUUCGGCGAACGCGGCGGACGUGGCGGUGGACGUGGUCGUGGCGGUGACCGUGGCGGCCGUGGUCGUCCUCAAACCACCAACCGUGGUGGCUUUGGAGACUUCUCCGGAAAGAAGGUCACCUUCUAA